AUGUCAGUCGAUCCAGAAAGUAUCAGAAAACAUAUCAUCACUUCUCUCUUUUCUUCUUCAUCGAAAGGAAGCGCUGGUCAAACUGGCCAAUCCUACAUAUCUCAUUGUAAAACUUGGGAGGAUGUAUCAACUGGUGAACGGAAACCGCGUUAUAUCUUGUUAGCUGUUGGACCCUCGGGACAGGUCUUCUUACACAAGUCUAAACGCAAUUCUAAUGGUAGUUUCUCGAUUGGAAAGACUUGGGAUGUCAUUGAUCUUCGAGGGGUCGAACUCAUCAACGACUCAGCUUUCAAACUGUCACUCGGUUCGCGUUCGUACACUUGGAUGGCUGAAGAUGUGUACGAACGCGCCGAGUUUGUCAACUUACUCGUCCGAUCUUUUCGUCAAUGCGCCAAUGGGAAGCUACCCUCUAUGAUCGGUCUUCCCGACGAUGACUACACUAUUCCCGCUUACGCUAUCCCUUCAUCUGCGUUUCCAUCCAGUCCUUCUCAUGCUCCAGUCAUCCGCGGUGGAGGCCAUCCAUCGCCAUCAGCCGCUCGAUCUCAGCCAAGCUCUCGCAAGCCCGUCCUAUCGGCUCAAAUCUCAGAGACGAAUUCAAUUGCUAGCUCGAUCAAGCCUUCCGGUACGCCCACCCCACUCACUCCGACUCGAUCCGAAGCUGUCGCAUCGCAUGCCACCAGCGUCGAACCUCAUACAAGUCCUUCUCGUGCAUCAUCUUCUCUCUUACCACGGUUUGAAACGAGCUCUCAGCGUUCUCGUACACCUGACACUGAUGGUGAUAGUAUCGGCAAUCGACGUGGACUUAAGCAAAUGACACCGGUCUCACCCCGUCCCCUCAAGUUCAACAAAAGUAAAUCUCCUACCAAUAAUCUGAAGGAGCCAGUGACCCCCUCCAUCAGCCGGUUAAUCAGUUCUCCACUUCGUUCGACAAACGAAGAACGUCCUUCUACUAGUUCCUCUCUACAACAGCAACCACUACCCAAUUCAUCUCAAUCAGCACAAGAGCCACCGAGACCAAUAAGUUUGGCAGCUGCCGGUUUAUCUCGUCAUGAACAAGAAGGAAUACCACGGAGAGGCAAAUCGUCAAAUCCAGCAGAUGAAGACAUAGAUUUCAUUAUGAAACCUGCGGUAAAUCAGGAAGGCGAAGAAGCUGAACCAUCCAAAGGAACAGUGGAAGCACAACAUGAUAUACUAGCCAAUGUUGAAGAAAUGUUGGAAGGAUUUGAGUGGAGGAUGAUUGGAACAAGGGUCGAAGGAGUUGAUCUGAUUGAAGAAAGGCUACUCAACGAACUCAAAGCGUUGGAAUUAGCUGAGAUUCAUGCAAUAAUUGAGAACGAUGACCGGGUAGAUUUGAUUGGGAAGAGUCUCGAUGACGGUCUAGCUCAGUUAGAUAAGAUGGAAGCUAUGCUAAGCUUGUAUCGAACUCAACUCAAUCUUGUGAGCGAUGAGGUCACGCAUAUUGAAGGACAGAACAGAGGUCUUCAAGUCCAGAUAUCAAAUCAAAGAUCGUUGUUGGAGGAAAUCGAAGAACUCAUGCAAACCGUCCACAUUCCACGUGAUGUACUGGAUUCAUUAGUCCGGGAACCACUUGAUAAGCCAGAAGGUGUAAAUAACUUAGAGAAAUCGAUCACCAUCCUCUACAAGGCUAUCCUCUCGGUCCGCGAUAUGGGUAAUGCAGCUGCAGUAGCUGCUGCUGACGAUCCAGUCGAUGAAUACAAGCGAGAUGCGAAGCAGUUCUGUAAACGGGUAUACGAGUUUCUGGCCGUAAUGUUCAAGUAUGAGUUUUUGAAAGACUCGAGCAACGAAACAAUUAUAGCAAACUUAAGCUUGCCGUCGCACGAGCCUUUAGAGAAGUACUUGGGCACGUAUUGUGGAUUGACUUUAUUCAUGAAGGAGCUAGAUGAAGCCAGAUAUCAACAAUUGUGUGCAGCUUACUUUGCCACCUUUAGUGACUUGCAUAAGAAAGAAAUCAGUGCAUUAUUCGAGGCUUGUCGGUCGCAGAUUCGUAAGCCGACUGAAGAGGAACUUGAAGCUACUUUUGCCGCAACAGUCAUCCAGUCACCGACUAAUGCGAAGGUCUCAGCGACACGCAAACCAUUAGCAAGAUUUGAUCGAAAAGAUAAGAAAGGUUCAGGUGGAACCGGUCAAGGAGAGAUGACAGCUGGGAAGGGUUUAGAGAUCAUAUCUGUAUCAGUUUUGAAGAACUUGGAACGCGAACAGAACUUUGUUCGAGAUCUUUUGAAUGUUCAAUCGGCCGAUGAUGAAUUAGAUAACAUGAUCACAUUUGCAGAUUAUGCUGACUUGGAAGGUUAUUUUAGGAAAGCUGCAUUAGCUGGUAGUGGUCUGAAAGGGAAUAAAUUCAAGGAUAUCUUGAGUGUCAUGGAUUUGAUUUUUGGAUUCUUGCCUGGUGUGAUUAAGGAUUGGAUCGAUUCUUUUGUCGCUAGAGAUCCAUUGCAGAUGGUGAGUGUGCUGGCCGCGCUCGACACGACGAUCAAAGCUGCCCAACAAAUCAGAAAUGAGUAUUGGUUGAAGACUCUCGAAGUCCAACAACGAAAGUCAUUGAGUCUCUUUGAAAAAUACGUCAAAGACCAAUUAAAGGCAAUUGAAACAACCAAACUGACGGUGAAGAAACGAAAAGGGGUGGUUGGGUUCAUUGCAACAUUUCCGGAUUUUGUGAUUCGAGUGGAACGACAAAUGGAAGUAGUAGACGAUCAAGCAAAUCCGACCCGUAAAUUGGUAGACAAAGUCUAUGGUCAGAUUGUACAAUCUAUGUUCGAGUCAUUGCAGACGAUGGCGAAAAAUGAUGAGGAUCAAACACCAGCUGUGGGAGGUGGAGGUGGCAAUCAAGAAGACAGAGAUAAAGAUAGAUUGAACUAUCAUACAUUGAUUAUCGAAAACAUGCACCACUUUGUCACGACGGCCUCUAAAGUCAAUGUGUCGGCAUUAGGUCACUGGUUGGAAAAAGCCAAGGAACAGUACGAUCAGAAUUUGAAUUUGUACAUCCGUUUGGUACUUCGACGGCCUUUGGCUCGAUUGAUUGACUUCUUCGAAGGCAUUCAACAAUUAUUAAGAACUACGUCUCCUAGUGAGAUUUCAAUGCAUAGUCAAUACACGAAAUCGGCCUUAAAACGAGCGAUUUCAUCCUUUGAUAAAAAAGAUUUGAAGAAAUCCAUCGAAGCACUUGCCAAAAGAGUAGAAAAACAUUUUAAUGAUUUAGCCAAUCCAUCAGCUGUGAUGAAUACAGUUUGGAGUGCAUGUGAAGCUGAAUUAAGGAAAUGGAUUGAAGAAUGGAAUGGAGUGAUCUUGAAAUGUUAUGGUAUUGAAACUCAUGGUUUAGAAAUCGGAGUUGAAGAUGUUAAAGCUUCAUUUUUAAAAUAUAAACCUGAACAUUCUUCUUUAACUGCCUGUCAAGGCUUGGUAAUGGCAAGGGGGUGCUGUGAGGAUCACGGCUUAUCACGACCUUUCACAAUCUCUAUGUUGCAGGCCAUUGCAUUACCACCUACGAUUGCGGCAAACGGCCUGCACCACCAUCAUCGUUCCUCAUUCGGUCCAUCCUCUGCUUUGAAAUCCAUACGAUUGUUACCUUUCGACACCUUUCGAAGCGAUCUUCCGAAGUGCCAUUGGCGAUAUAUUACCAGACAUAGAUUGCAUUAUUAUUUGGGAAAACUCGCGUUUCACUUCAAAACGGUCAGAUUCACCUUCGAAUCAACCUGCUACCUGAGUGACUCUUCAUCAAACAUUCACGCCCGGCGUUUCGAAUGCAACGCCGCACGCGCGAUAGUCCGAUGUCCUCUCCAACCAGAAUGA